AUGGGUGAUCAUGGCAAUAUGGAUGACCUCACUGCUGCAUUGGCACUCAUUCAACAACAAAUGCAGAAUCAGCAACAGCAGAUGCAGCAAACCAUCCAGAAUCAGCAACAAGCUGCACAAGAGCAAGCAGCCGAGAACGCUGCGCGAGAGGAGCGUGGUGCUCUUAUUGGGGAGCGAAACCUUCCGAGGAAUUUUGCUACUAACCGCUCUCCCAUCAACCCUCCACCCUGUACUCGACAGGAUUAUGAGAUCAAACCUGCACUGAUUGGUCUAGUACAGAAGAGCACAUUCAGUGGCCUCACUUCAGACAUACCAAUGGACCACAUAGAGGCCUUUGAGAGGAUCUGGAAAGCUGCACGUUGGCUGCAAUCUCUCCCAACCGGUUCUCUAACCUCAUGGGACCAGGUUCGAUCAGCAUUCCUGAGCCACUUCUACACAAAAUCCAAAACCGCGGCUCUAAGGCAUAGAAUCUCCAACUUCAAGCAGAAAUCUGAUGAACCCUUUUAUGAAGCUUGGGAGAGGUAUAAAGAGUACCAGAGGGAAUGUCCACACCACGGGUUUGAUGACGAUUACAUAUUGGAGGUGUUCUACGAUGGAGUGAGCUAUGAGUACCGGAACACCCUUGAUUCCUCUAGUAACAGAGACUUCAUGACUCAGACCACUCCUGGUGCAUUCGCGCUGAUUGAGAACAUGGCUUCUAGUUCACUCAACAAGAACAAGGAGCAUGAUCGCUCUAAAAGUGUGAACAGCAUAGACGAUAUAGCGGCGAAGAUGGACCAACUGCUGAAGGGAAACCAGAGCCAGGUCUUCAUAAUGGAAGAAGCAACUCCUGAGAAGAAUGCGGGGGAUAAGGCGUUUGAAGCUGAGCAGGCAGGAGACGAUCAGCAGGAAGUGAGUUACGUAAAUGGACAAGGGUGGCAGCUGAAGAAUUAUCACCCAAACCCUAACGUAAGGAACAAUCCACAACUCUUCUGGCCUAAGCAGGACAAACAAGUUGAUCCGGCGCAGAACAACAAAGGCCAGUAUUCGGGAUAUCAGAAGAACUAUCAGCCCCGAACAUAUGUUCUAAGCCAACCGCAGAGCAAUCAGCCUCAAAUACAGAACCACCAGAACACUCAAGUCGCUACCUCCACCCCUGUCGCUGUUCCGCAAGAUGAAACUAAAACCAUGCUGCAGCAACUCCUCCAAGGACAACAGCUCCAAGGGAAAGCGCUGAACCAGGUCACCACUGAGAUCAAUACUAGGAUGAACCAUAUGUUCGGAGACCUGAGCACCAAAUAUGAUAAUGUCGCAAGCCAUAUGAGACAGAUGGACAUUCAGAUAGCUCAGACUGCCGAGAGUGUCAAGAGACAGCAAGGUACUCUACCUGGUAAAACAGACAAAAACCCUAAGGAGUGCAACGCGGUUCAGCUAAGAAGCGGGAAGCAACUUUCCGAGCCAGAAAGGAGAAGGUUCACCGCGGCUGAGAAAGGCAAGCAGAAAGAGUUAGAACAACCUCCAGCCGACCAAGCAGAUGAGGGGAAUACAGAGCCGGUAGUUGAAACAGUCUCGCCAGGCUCAGAACAACCGUCUGAAGCAGUGCGCCCGAUUCCAGAGGCUGUUCCUCCUCGCGAAUACAUUCCAAAAGUCCCUUACCCUGUUCCAGCGAAGGUCACUCGUAAGGACAAGGAGGAAAUAAAAUGCAGGAAGAUGCUGGAAGAUCUAACCGUCCGACUUCCCUUGAUGGAUGCGAUUCAGAUGAUGCCCUCCAUGCGUAGCUUUAUGAAGGGGUUGAUCUCAGGCAAAAUAUCAGAGGAGAGUGAGUUCAUGACAGUUUCCAAGGAGUGCAGCGCAGUGCUUCAGAACAGGCAGAUUAAAAAACGAGGAGAUCCCGGCAAAUUUGUCCUCUCUAUCCAGAUUGGGAAGACAGUUUUCGCCUGCUCCUUGGUGGAUCUUGGGUCCAGCGUGAAUCUCAUGCCGUACUCUGUAGCUCUACGACUCGGAUACACGCAUUUCAAACCAACUAAGAUGUCCUUGGUUUUCGCAGACAGAUCAGUCAAAUCCCCUGUUGGUAUUCUAGAGGAUCUCCAAGUGAAAGUAGGGAACACCACUGUUCCAGCAGACUUCGUUGUUCUGGAAUUGGAAGAAGAGUCUAAGGACCCCCUCAUCUUGGGAAGACCAUUCUUAUGUACUGUCGGAGCUAUCAUUGAUGUGCGACAGGGAAGAUUGAUCUGA